CCCCUUCGCAUGGGUCACUGGCAGGAGCGCAUCGUCUUCGUCCGUGACUUUGCCUUCAACUCCCCCCGUUUUCGCAUGGCGACCAACAUCGGCGAUGCGCCCGCGACCACCUUUGCCGAGCUCCUCUCCGGCCCGCUCGUAGACAUCUACGUUGGGCCCUCCAAGCGUCACUGGGCCCUCCACCGCAACCUCCUCUGCCACCACUCCGAGCAGCUGGCUGCCGAGCUCCUCCCAUCCAACGACGCGAAAAAGAAGACACCAGACAAGCUCGAGCUACUAGACGACGAUCCAUCAGGCUUCGAACUGCUGGUGAAAUGGCUGUAUCAAGGCAAGCUCGACGAUGUCUCCGACAUGGCAGAUCCGAAUCGCAUGUACGACUACGCAGUGUACUGUCACAAGCUGUACCUGCUCUGCGAGCGCUUCGACAUGCCGCAGCUGAAGAACAUUGCGAUGGACCAAUACCGCAAGGGGCUCAGCGAGGCAGAGCUGGUGCCGGACGCCGACGAGAUCAACGAGAUAUAUCGUAAGAGCAGUCCCGGCUCUCCCUUUCGACGGUUGAUGACCAAGAUUGCUGCGCGCCAGAUCAUGGACCCGGCGAGUGAGAAGGACGCCGAGUCCUAUCGAGCCUGCUUCGACGGGACUCCAGAUUUCGCAAUCGAUCUGGUCAACGCCAUUCGGUUGGGCACGGGAGGUAUGCUGUUCGAAGACCCAACUGAGGCUCGCGAUGACUGCACUUAUCACGACCAUGACGCGGGGCCAAAUUGUCACAUAAAGGGCAAAGGGAGAGCAAAGCCAGGCUUCCUCGCACCGCCGCCGCGUCCACAAGCCCGCUCCACCCGCUCAAACGGCAACGGCACCGGCCAUUCCAUCGGCAUCGGUCACUCCACCUCCAACAGCAAACAUCACGUCGCCUCGUCAAGCGCUGCCGACGGCCGACCCUCUGCCUCCCGUGCCUCCUCCUCCGCUUCCAAGUCAUCCGACUCCACAUUCCGCUCCGCAGACUCCCCAACCGCGUCCCCCUCGCCGACCCGGCGCCUAUCCCGGCGGCCCUCUCCGCCGCGCCUCGUCAACGGUCUCGACGAGCACCGAGACGGCGACAGCAGCAACGCUCAGCUCAAGCCCGCAGGAAGCUCGGGAGAAGUUCCGAGCGAGAGCAACGUCAGCGUCCGGCGCAAGAGUAGUGGGGCUGGGACUAGAGGAGGCAAUGGUGGAGGAGCAACAGGAGGAGGUCGAGGAGCAAGCCCCCCUGCUGCCGCCCCCCCUACCACCCCCGUCGACAGUCCAAAACGGGCUCCGCCAAAGCUACGAAGGCGCACUUCGCCGCCAGGCCAGUCGUAGCAGUCUUGCCAGCAAGAGCAGCAAGACUGUCUUGCCCGAGGCCGGCAAGACCAGCAAGACGUCCGACAGUGCCCUCCAAAUCCGAAUCCGCAAUUUCCAGCUCCAUAUCCAAAAACGACGACAGGAGUCAAGACGACAGUCCAGAAUCCCCGUCCGUAGCCUCAGUCGACGCCAGCCCGCCCCGCCGAA